GGUACUAUGUCCGCUGCAGUGGAGCUUCAGCCGUUAAACGAGGCGAAGAAGGUCGAGGAUGCCGAAGUCGAGGAAGAAACCCCGGAGCCGGAGGACAAGGGAAACCUUGUUUUCUACAUUAUCUUGCUCCAUGGUAUCGGAACUCUUAUGCCGUGGAACAUGCUUAUCACCAUCUCCUAUGACUACUUCGAAUCGUACAAAAUGCUCGCCAACUCAACAAUCGACAUGGACACCGGAAAAGUGACCGGAGACCCGACGGUCUAUUCAUCCAACUUCCAAAGCUUCCAAACAAUCGCUUCCCAAGUGCCGAACCUUCUUCUCAAUCUUCUCAACAUCUUCAUUGUCGUCAAGGGAGGACUUGCUGGCCGCAUCACUGUCGGACUCUCCAUCGUAGCUGUCUGUGUGAUCACUACUAUGAUCUUCAUCUACGUCGAAACCUCCACAUGGCUCACUGGAUUUUUCACUCUUACCAUCAUCACAAUCAUCGUGUUGAACGGAGCAAAUGGAGUCUAUCAAAACAGUAUCUUCGGCCUCGCUUCUGAACUUCCAUUCAAGUACACCAAUGCUGUCAUCAUUGGAAAUAACUUGUGCGGAACAUUCGUUACCUUGCUCAGUAUGUCAACCAAGGCUGUCACUCGCAACAUCCUGGAUAGAUCAUUCGCCUACUUUUCAAUUGCGUUGAUCACAUUGGUCUUCUGCUUCAUCUCGUUCCACAUCCUUAAGAAGCAACGCUUCUACCAGUUUUACAGCACACGUGCCGAAAGACAACGCGCCAAGAAUGAGGAAGCAGCUGACAACGAAGGAAAGAUGGCAAACUACAUUGCGACCUUCAAAGAGGCUUUCCCACAACUUAUUAAUGUAUUUUUGGUGUUUUUCGUCACGCUUUCAAUCUUCCCUGGAGUCAUGAUGUACGUUAAGGAUGAGAAGAAAGGAGGAACCUACGAUUUCCCAUUGCCACAGAACUACUUCAUGGAUGUUACCACAUUCCUUCAAUUCAACGUGUUUGCCUUCAUCGGAUCAAUCGUCGCCGGGAGAAAGCAAUGGCCCGCCCCGAACAAGCUCUGGAUCCCAGUCUACCUCCGUCUCCUCUACAUCCCAUUCUUCAUCUUCUGCAACUACCUCCCUGAGACCCGCACACUCCCGGUCUUCUUCGAAUCCACGUGGCUUUUCAUCAUUGUGGCCGCAUCGAUGAGCUUCGGAAGUGGAUACUUCUCAGGACUCUCCAUGAUGUACACUUCAAAGACUGUCGAUCCAUCAAAGGCUCAGGUGGCUGGAAUGAUGGCUGGAUUUUUCCUCAUUUCAGGAAUCGUCUCAGGUCUCAUUUUCACUAUGGUCAUCAAGUUUGUCGUCACUGCCUAAAUUUUUCAAAAACUUCUAACAUUAAAGACACCUCAUUAGCGCAAUCAAUGCUCUAACCAAAAAUUCUUGCAUAACAAGAACAUUGCAUUGUAUCUUAUUUUUUACUAACCCAAUUAUCUUCCCUUCAAGGUUUCAAAAUAUUAAUAUCGUUAAUUUCAAGUGCACUUACUAUUAGUUUUCCUUUUUUCUAUCCUUUAAAUACCACUUUGUAUUUCCCAAAUACCUCAAUCUAUUAGUUGUUUCGUUGUUUUUCUUCUCUUCCUUCCUCAAGUAUUAUCGCAGCUCCAUCUCGUUGUUUUUUUUCUUUAUUCUGUUGCAAUUUUUACGACUAUCCCUUUUUGUGAAUAAAGAAUGCUUGUUAA